AUGCGCGGUCUCGACGAAAGCACCGAGGUCCUUUUACGCACUGGCCAGAAGGCCCAGGAACAAGUGCGACAUGCUUGGGAUGGGUUUAUGAAUUUUGCCGCGCGAGAUAAUGUUCUCGAGGUUGCAUUGGGUUUGAUUAUAGCUAAUUCGUUCACAAAAGUCGUCACAUCUUUCGUAUCAGACUUGAUUCUGCCAAUUGUUUCCCUACUGCCAUUCCUGAACCGGAAUAUGGAUGAGAAAUUUGCUGUUCUCUCAAAGGGUCCGAAUUAUGACCAGCAGGAUGGGUAUAACACCCUCUACCAAGCGAGAGAAGAUGGAGCACUGGUUCUGGCUUAUGGAUUGUUUAUCGAGACUGUUAUCAACUUCUUGGGUGUUAGCCUUACUCUGUACGCAGUCGGACAUUUGUACAUGCUUCUCACUCAUGACAAAAUCAUUAAGCCUACUGUUCGGUGUCCGUACUGCAAGCAGUAUAUCGGUGAAUCGGCGCUUCGCUGUCGCCAUUGCUCAACAUGGCAAGACGGAAGGGAGGAUGAGCCUCGGAGUGAUAGAAGUUCUCGCGGGGAAUUGGCUGAUGCCGAGUCGAGUCUUAUUGGGGAAGCUCCCUAG